AGUGCGGCGCCGGGGAUUCGAAUGAGUGCGGCGCCGCAGGCUGAGUUGGGUGCGGCGCCGGGGAUUCGAAUGAGUGCGGCGCCGCGGGUUGAGUUGAGUGCGGCGCCGGGGAUUCGAAUGAGUGCGGCGCCGGGGAUUCGAAUGAGUGCGGCGCCGGGGAUUCGAAUGAGUGCGGCGCCGCAGGCUGAGUUGGGUGCGGCGCCGGGGAUUCGAAUGAGUGCGGCGCCGCGGGUUGAGUUGAGUGCGGCGCCGGGGAUUCGAAUGAGUGCGGCGCCGGGGAUUCGAAUGAGUGCGGCGCCGCAGGCUGAGUUGGGUGCGGCGCCGGGGAUUCGAAUGAGUGCGGCGCCGAGGGUUGGGUUGGGUGCGGCGCCGGGGAUUCGAAUGAGUGCGGCGCCGAGGGUUGGGUUGGGUGCGGCGCCGGGGAUUCGAAUGAGU